AUGGCUUUGACAACAUCAUUGGAGCAAAACAAUUUGUGGCUUAUUGAAGCAACACAUGUUACUUUUGGUUGUGCUUUUGGUCGGCCUUCUAGAAGCUUCACAUUCGCCAAAAGUGACUACCUUUGUGUUCUGUCUUCUUGGCACAUGUUUAAUGUGGUGGAAGGAUCUAGAGAGCAAGGUAGAAAGAAAGAUAGGAUGAAGUUGAAGCAAAGUUGCAUAGUUGUGAAGGACAUUGCUUUAGAACAGAUUUCAGGAGGUGUAGCUGGUGAUGCCCUUGGUGCUCCUUUUGUAUACAUCAUGUACACGGGAUUCACCCAUGUUUUGGUGGUUCAGUGUUUUUCGUACCUUCCGAUUGUCCGGAAACUGUUGGAUGAUGACCCUGGAAACUCUGAAUAUGUGGACAUGGAAAAGGAGCUUGUGGAGGUGAUUUCUUUGACCGAAGAACUUCUGUCAACUGCGAAACAAAAUGAGAAUUCUGGAUUGUAUAUUGGGACAAGUUCUGAUCCAUCUCACAGUUUGCGCCAUUCUGGCAGUACCUUUCAGCAUAAUAUGGAAUCAACAACCAUAUCUGAUCAGUCUGAGAAAUUUGCUGUUGGCACUAAAGUUCAAGCUGUUUGGAGUGAAGAUGGAGAGUGGUAUGACGCAACAAUUGAGGCACUUACGCCAAAUGGGUAUUAUGUACGCUAUGAUGAAUGGGGUAAUAAGGAAGAGGUUGAUCCUGCUAAUAUUAGGCCAGUUGAAGAAGGGACUGUAAAUACUCUGCUGGAAGCUGAAAGGGAAGCUGAAGCUACAAAACAAGCUCUUAAACGUAAAAUUGCUCAAGCUGCCGCUGCAGACUUCCAGUCACGGAGUUUACCAGCCAAGCUUCGAAUUGAUCCUGAUGACCCUGAAGAUGUGAAAGCUGCCAAACGUAAAAAGAUACAUGCGUUUAAGUCAAAGGUGCGGAUGGAGCAACUUGAAGUCACACAGAAUAAGAGGCAGAAUGCUUGGCAGCAAUUCCAGACAACUAAAGGCCAGGCCAAGAAGAUUGGUUUCUUCUCGGGCCGCAAGCGAGAGAGCAUCUUCAAGUCCCCUGACGAUCCAUUUGGAAAGGUAGGUGUGACUGGAAGUGGAAAGGGUUUGACAGAUUUUCAGAAGAGAGAAAAACACUUGCAUCUCAAGGGAGCAAACGCCGAGUCUACUGACGAUUAA